AUGGAGACUACAAAAGGAGCUGAACUCUGCUUUCCAGAACUCCUCAACAAUUCCUGCAGGAAACCCAUACCGUCUCAGUCUGAGGCCAUGCUGACUUACACUCUACUGUCCUUCGUUUCUCUGCUCACUGCAGCUCUGAACCUGCUUGUCAUCAUCUCAAUCUCCCACUUCAGGCAGCUCCACACCCCCACCAACCUUCUCAUCCUUUCCCUUGCUGUCUCAGACUUCCUCGUGGGCCUCCUGCUGAUGCCGGUUGAGAUCCUCUUGACAGACACUUGCUGGUUCCUGGGUGACCUCAUGUGUGCUCUGUAUUAUGUUGCAGAUUUUAUCAUCACCUCCUCUUCAGUUGGAAAUAUGGUGCUCAUCUCAAUCGAUCGUUACUUUGCUAUUUGUGACCCUCUACAUUACACCACCAGAGUUACUCUGGACAGAACAAAAGUGUGUGUUUGUCUAUGUUGGAUCUGCUCUAUUCUCUAUAACAGUGUAAUUUUAAAGGACUUUCUGAGACAUCCCGAUUCCCACAAUUCCUGCUAUGGAGAAUGUGUCGUGGUCCUCAACCAGAUUACAGGAGCUGUUGACUUUGUCUUUACCUUUGUUGCCCCAAUUACUGUCAUAAUCGUUCUAUAUAUGAGAGUAUUUGUGGUGGCUGUGUCUCAGGCUCAAAUUAUGAGGUCCCACAUCACAGCUGUCACACUGCAGAGUUCAGUGUGUAUAACUGCCAAGAAAUCUGAGAUGAAAGCAGCCAAGACUCUGGGUGUUUUAGUGAUUGUGUUUCUAAUAUGUUUCUGUCCAUAUUACUCCCCAUCCCUUGUAGGCCAGGAUAUUGAAGACAGUAGUUCAUCUUCACCCAUUAUAGUGUGGCUGCUGUAUUUUAACUCCAGUGUGAACCCUGUGAUCUAUGCCUUAUUUUACCCCUGGUUUAGAAAAUCUAUUAAACUCACAGUAACACUUAAGAUACUGCAGCAUGACUCCUGUGAUUCUAGACUACUAUAG